GAGGGACAGGAGACACGCCGCUGGUUUUAGGUCCAUCCCAGGGUUGACUGACAGCUCGGACAGGGGAGCUAGAAAGCUAGCUAUCUACGACUCAUAACAGUUUCGUGACAGCGGCUGUGAAGCCUCCCUCAAAAAUCAUAUUGACAAUCAUUUUUGCUCCAGCGUUUUCGGAGCCCUGUUUCGCUUCCGAAACAAUCCGAUCGUUGACCUCAAAUAGGCUGGUGGUCUUCAUUCAUUCGUCAUUCUCCCCUGCUGCUUCAUUCAUGGCACAUUCGGUGGGAAUUAUGUCAACCUUUCUGGCACAUCGUCGACACACUACGCUGCUUCGUGUCAUCAUGACUAUUAAAUGUUUGAACUGGAUCUCACUCUUAAGGUCAAUAAGCCGCGGUGGGCAAGUGUGGGCUCCGGAAGGCUCUACUGCAUUCAAAUGUUUGCUGUCGGCACGCUUCUGCGCAGCGUUGCUAAGCAACAUCUCCGACUGCGAUGAGACCUUCAAUUACUGGGAACCUAUGCACUACCUGCUUUAUGGCACAGGGAUGCAAACGUGGGAAUACUCGCCAUUGUACGCCAUCAGGUCCUACGCUUACUUGUGGCUUCACGCUCUCCCGGCCUGUUUGCACGUCCAUGUAUUGCAAACGAGCAGGGUGUUGGUGUUCUACUUUGUGCGAUGUGUCCUUGCAUUCUGCUGCUGUGCCUGUGAGCUCUAUUUCUACAAGGCCGUUUGCAAGAAAUUUGGCUUGCACGUCGGUCGCCUGAUGUUGGCUUUUCUCGUCCUGAGCACCGGAAUGUUCAGCUCAUCUGCAGCAUUCCUCCCCUCCUCCUUCUGCAUGUACACGACACUAGUCGCCAUGACGGGUUGGUUCCAGGACUCUGUGCCGUUAGCCAUUAUGGGUGUAGCCGCCGGCGCCAUUGUUGGCUGGCCCUUCUCUGCUCUGAUUGGGGUGCCAAUUGCGUUUGACCUGCUUGUGAUAAAGAGACAGUGGAAAUGUUUUAUCACCUGGACAGCUGUUGCGCUGCUUCUAUUGCUGUGUCCCUUGGUGGCAGUGGACUCGUUCUUUUAUGGCAAACUGGUGGUAGCCCCGCUCAAUAUUCUACUGUAUAAUGUCUUCACACCACAUGGCCCCGAUCUGUACGGUACGGAGCCGUGGCACUUCUACUUUCUGAACGGGGCCCUCAACUUCAACCUGGUUUUUGUUCUGGCGCUCUUUUCUCUGCCGCUCACUGCUCUCAUGGAGACACUGCUGCACAAGUUCAAUGUGCAGAACCUGGGCCGUCCCUACUGGCUGACUCUGUCUCCCAUGUACCUGUGGAUGUUGGUUUUCUUCACCCGGCCUCACAAAGAAGAACGUUUCCUCUUUCCCAUCUACCCUCUCAUCUGCCUCAGUGGCGCCGUGGCCCUCUCGUCUCUACAGAAAUGCUACCACUUCCUGUUCCAGCGCUACCGACUGGAGCACUACACGGUGUCCUCCAAUUGGCUCGCACUUAGCGCAGUUGUGGUCUUUGCUGUUGUGUCACUAUCUCGUUCCGUCGCCCUCUUCAGAGGCUAUCAUGCCCCUCUGGACCUGUAUCCAGAAUUUCUCCGCAUCGCCAAGGACACGACUCUGCACACGGUCCCUGAAGGGAGACCAGUUAGUGUGUGCGUGGGCAAGGAGUGGUAUCGCUUCCCCAGCAGCUUUCUUCUUCCUCACAAUUGGCAACUGCACUUCAUCCAAAGUGAGUUCAAAGGUCAACUUCCUAAACCGUAUGGCUCAGGUCCUCUGGCCACGCAGGUCAUACCUGCUGAUAUGAACGAUCAAAAUCUUGAGGAGCCCAGCAGAUAUGUGGACAUCCGGCACUGCCACUACCUGGUAGACCUCGACACAGAAGAAGAAACGCCACGUGAACCGCGCUACGCGGCCAACAAAGAAGAAUGGAACGUCAUUGCCUAUAAGCCUUUUCUUCAGGCUUCCAGGUCCUCUCCGAUCUUCAGAGCAUUUUACAUCCCCUUCCUCUCCGACCAUCACACCAGCUACACACGCUAUGUCAUCUUGAAGCCGAGGCGGCAAAAGCAGCCACGUACCCGCAGCCACGGCUGAUCUUUGAACCCCAGCACUCUUCCCUCUUGACAUAACACAGCUGCUGUGUGUGUGUGUGUGUGGUUGCGUGUUUUGAAGUCUUCAUCCUAAAGGGACACUGUCAGAAUUGCUCCCAUUGAUCAUCGAAAUUGUGUAAUUCAAAAGAAUAGUGCAUUCUAUUCUUAAUUUUCCAAACAUGUAUGGCAACAACGGUAGCUGUGGAAAUUAUUAUUUUUUUUAAAGCCUCAAAGAUGGGCAAAAUUUGUCAGAGCACAGAUUCAUCUGUGACAGUUGCCCCUAAUGUGUUAUCCCGCCUAUUAUAAACAAAACCGAAUGCAAUAGGGCUGUGAACCGCUUUGCUGUCUGUAUCAUCGCUGUGUAUUUUUUGAGACUGAAAAACAUGUUAAAAUGCAAGAAACUGAUGGUAUUUUACAUAAAAAAAACGAGACCCCAAAGCCAGAGACCAACACCGAAAUAUCCGUACCAAUGAAGUGGCCGGUCAGACAUAUUGUAGGGUCUCAGUUGUGUGCAGCGCAUUUGCAUGUGUUGUUUCCAUUUUUUAAUUGUUAGUAUCUCGUUACCAACCAGUGGAUCUGGUUAUAAAUAAAAAAAUUCUUGCUUCUUUCUUAUGAGACUGUCUCAAAUUACUAGUCAAAACCGUAACACACCAGUGAUAACACAGGUAUACACACAGACAUCAAUUUUGGCCGGUAAACAACUUAAAAUCUUGCACAGUGUACCUUUAAGAUAAGAUGAUACGGACCCUUUAAGGACCUUGCGUCUGUGUGUGGGCCUGCAUGUGUAUAUGUAUGUGUGUACUGUAUGUGCAUGUGAAAACUUGUAAGGGGUAUUGACUGGAAGGAAUCGUGUUUGUGUGUCUAAAGUGUGUUAUCUGAAUGCCUUGGAAGCAAUUCAUAUUCGUUUUUCUCUUCAUACUUGAUUUCAAAGUGUGACCUGAAUGAAAGAAAUGUCCUCAUUGAAUCAUGUCAUUGAAAAAAAAAGUUUACUUAAGGUGGUUUGUGUGCAUGUAGAGAAUGAAUACAUUUUAUUUUAAUGGGUCAUGAAAGAAAAUGUGAUCAGUCAUUGUUUUUAAAUUAAAAAAAAAAUAACAGCACCACCAUCUGAU